UAGGGGCGAGGCCACGCACCUUUGGUGUCUCGUUGCUAUAGAGAAUCUAUUCUAUUCCGGCCCUGCACCCUCCUCUCAAGCUUUCUACUUCCUGAUUAUAAAAACAUGGUCCUUAUAUAACUUGAGAGUAAAUCUAUCCUUCCUCAUUUGGGGGUAGCUAUACCAAAAGAUAAUGAGAGGGAUAAGGUUCGUAGUCUUUGCUCUUUUCCUCUUCUCUUCAUCCAGUGAUGCUGCUCCUGCUGCUAAAAAAGAUUUCAAGAAAACCAGUGAUUGCAGUAAAAAAGCUAAUGUAAGUUGCACUUAUAAAUACAGUGUUGAGGCAAGAAUAAAGGGAGGAGAAGAAAUUGAUGUUACUGCAAAUGUAGACAUAUUUUGUGAAUCAGUUGGUAUCUUUAAGAAGGAGCCAGCCAUUCGUCAUUGUAUCAAUGUCAGAGAUGCUGUGGGCCGAAUAUCCAACAAAGGGAAUAAAUAUGAUUCAGAUACUGAGGCUCCAAUUAAAAAAUUGGACAAAUGGUUCUGUUUUGCUCAGAGUUCAAAAACUGGUAAGAUAUCGGGUGUGUUUUACCCCAAGAAAGAAAAGGAGUGGAUUGUCAAUAUAAAGAAGAGCAUUGCCAGUACUUUUCAAGCCAACUACAAAGGGACAACUGUUGCUACUGAAACUGACUCACAAUCAAAACACAAAUCACAUUACAAGUACUAUUCUGAGGGUAAUAAACAGAUUCAAGAAAGAAGGAUUGAUUCUGGUGAUGUUUCUACUUAUGCUGGAAAGGCCUCCACUCAAGAUAAAGACAAAACUCUUUACUUUCAUGAGCACGAUAAGCUUGAGAUAGACAGGAAUAGAAGAAUACAAUUUUCAGAAGGGAAAUCAGUCCUUGAGCUUGGAGCAGAGGCAGAAGAUAAAGCUACUGCAUCAGAUACCAAUGAUAAAGCAGUGCCUCCCCUGGGAGCUAUCAGUGAUUACAAGCUUGAGCUGGCCCGCUGCUAUAAGCCACCGAAGAAAGAUAUUAUUGAAGAGCUCACUGCUGCAAUGGCCAGUCAUGAAUGUGUGGUUGGGGAUUUACUGGCUACUAUUAAUGAAGGUAUUAUUGAUUUGAUUGCUGCAUAGUAUGC